UCCGCCGACGUUGAAGAGAAGCAGUGCUGCAGAGACCUAUAUAACGUGGGCAUGCAGCGGCAGCCUACCUCCCCAUCUCAAGACCACCAUGGCUGCUAUCAUCACCGAUGAGCACGAGUUGAGGAUCAUCGCUCCCCUGGGCAUGCUCGGGUACGGCUACGAUGCGUCGGUCUUCCUCGAGUACUGCGAGAAGCGACAUCCACAUGCGAUCAUCUGCGACUCAGGCUCCACCGACUCCGGGCCACAGAAACUCGCCCUCGGCUUGACCACCUGCCCCCGCGAGGCGUACGUGCGCGACCUCGGGCCCAUGCUCCUCGCCUGCGCCAAAUACAAGAUUCCCAUCCUCAUCGGCUCCUGCGGGGGCUCUGGAACCAAUGAACAUGUCGAUCUCUUUGCUGAGAUCAUCCACGAGCUCGCGCUUGAGCACGGCUACCGCUUCCGCAUUGCCAAGAUAUACUCUGAGUUCGACAAGGCCGUCGUCCGCAACGCGCUCGAGCAGGGCAACAUCAGCCCGUGUGGCCCCGUGCCGCCGCUGACUGUGGAGGAUGUGGACGCGAGCAGAGUGAUUGUGGGGCAAAUGGGUGCGGAGCCAUACCUGGCUACUCUGAACACGCACGAACCGGUAGACAUCAUCUUGGGCGGCCGGGCGUAUGACCCUGCUCCGUUCGCUGCUGUAUGUCUUAAGCGCGGGAUCGACCCGGGCAUCGCAUGGCAUAUGGGCAAGCUCGAGUGCGGCGGGAUGUGCGUUGAGCCAAAGCAGCCGCUCAUCUUCGCGACGAUCCGCAAGGACAGUUUCGACCUCGAGCCGACGAACGACACCUCGCGCUGCACGGCCAUCUCCGUCGCCGCGCACACGCUGUACGAGAAGACUCGCCCAGACCUGCUCCCAGGUCCCGGUGGCGUACUCAACCUCGCGCAUUCGACGUACGAGCAGCUCACUCCGCGCAUCGUGCGCGUGCGCGGUGCCGUGUUUGAGCCGCGUCCGUACCAGAUCAAGCUCGAGGGCGCGAAGAAGACUGGCUUCCGCUCCGUGUUCAUUGGUGGCAUCCGUGAUGCGGGGCUCAUCGCGCAGAUUGACCAUGUCCUGCCCGUUGUCGAGAACUACGCGCGGACGAUGAACCCGAAGUUCACAGGCGACAACUGCCGCAUCGCGUUCCACGUCUACGGGAAGAACGGGGUGAUGGGUCCGCUCGAGCCGGUCAAGCAGCACGCACACGAAUUGUGCGUCCUCUGCGAGGUGCUUGCACCUACGCAGGGACUCGCGCACAGCGUCUGCAAUGCGCUGCGUGUUGCACUCCUGCACACUCCGUAUGCGUACCAGGUCGCGACAGGCGGCAACCUCGCUGGCCCGCUUACGCCGAUGGAGACAGACCUUGGCGAGGCCUCUGAAUUCUGCGUGUACCAUCUCAUCAACGUCGACGACCCGCUCGCGCCGUUCCCGAUUACCUACCAGACCGUAGGGACCGAAGUGGACCCAAGCCGUUGGCCGACGUACACGCACCUCGCCCACGCGGAGAUGUCGAGCGCGGCGCGUGCGCUGGAGGAAAUGAAGAAGGAAAUGGAGGGCAAGAAGGUCGAUCCGGUCGCCCAGUGGCGGCGGGCUAUCGAGCAUGGGGAUAAGACGAUUAAGCUGCGAGACGUGGCGACGGUGUUGAGGAGUAAGAAUAGCGGCCCAUAUGAGUUGACGUUCGAUGUAAUGUUCCCGAACGAGGAGAUCUUCCAGGCGGUACAGAAUAGCGGCGUGCUCACGAAGGAGAUCCUUGCGAAGAUGUAUGGUGUGAAGCCCGAGACGGUGCUUGCCUGUCUAUUCUUCCCGCAGGCGCGUGCAUUCAAGUUCACUAUUCCGAGGGUGCACCCGAAUGGUAGCUUUGGGGAGACUGACAUGCAUGGGUGCCAGCAGCAUAUACCUUUGGGUGAUAUAGACGUUCCGCUGCCGAUCGCUGCACAAUGAUCUGCAACAUAGUCCUGAGAGGUCAGAUUAAUAUCCAGGGGUGUGGUUUGUACGAAAGGUCGCGAUUGGCCUAUGUUGGAAUGUGGUGUUUGUAAUGUUGCUUUCCGUGUCGGACUGGAGCUUGGACGUUUGUGCGCUAAAUAGCAGGAACUUGAAGUAUGGUACUUUUUGUAUGUAGACCAGGGUUCAGACCAUAGGCAUUCCCUUCAAGCAGCCAUUGGGGUUACUCACGAACACAUCAAGCAAGUGG